AUGGAUGUGAAUCCGGAUAGGGAUCCGGAGCGUUUGCCACGGCCUCCUCCUAAGGAGCAGAAGCGAGGCUCUCGUGCAGGACGGAGUGCUGGCAGGAAACGUGAGGCGUGGCAGCGCUUUGUGUUUGCGGAGUCGGAAGCAAGCAACCCCGGCCUUUAUCUUACCUACUUGGAUAUUCCAUUCCACAGGCCGGACGGAAGUGUUCGUGCGUUUGGUGUGCAGGCGCCGAGAAGCAAUCCGUUUCCGGAGGAUACCGCUCCAGAAACACCUCCUCCAGAAGCUGCAGAGAUUUCAGAAGUCCCGGCUGUUCCUAUUGCUUCCUCGUUUACACCUGCAGGAGCAAGGCUAGCUCCCACUCCUAAGGUCAGAGCCAAGCUUUCGGAGCCGGUGAGUGGUCAGCAGCUGAUUCCUCGAGCAACAGGGGCGAUUCCGAGCUUCAGUCGGUUAGCUUCAGGAAAGCCGGCGCCACCUUCGCCGCCGAAGCCGUCGUCAAGGCAAUCAGCUGUUCCUGGCCCAAAGACUCCACCCAAGGAUCCGGCUCCAGUGAUUUCUUCUUCUGUUGCAGCUCCUACAACUCCCCCGAAGGCUCGAGCGGUUCCUAAGAAGGCCCGACCUCAGGCCCCGAGUGUUGAAGCAGCAGCAGGGCCUCCGGCUUCUUCCUCUUCGACCUGGGGAACAGAGGUAGAGAUUGUGGACCCGGACACGUGCUGCCUGGAAGUCCAAAGGUAUUUGAGCCGUCUGACGAAAUUUCUUUCUCAGACCAACGGCUUGUGUAUCGUGACGAGCUACUGCCACGCAGCUGGCACUAAGCGUCACGUGAUCAGGACAGUCGCGAACACUGUCGAGAGCCUCAGCGGGGAAUUGGGUGCCAAUUGCUUCGCUUUCAUUGUGCUAACUCGACAUCCGACUCGUCGUGGUGGCAAGGGCGAUAUCCUGGAACGUAUCGGAGCACCUCCUCCCAAUCUUCCGGCCAAGUGGAGGCUUCCCAUUCUUCAUUGUGACGAUAGCUCAGAAAUGAUCGAUUCGCUAUCUGGGCUGGAGAAGAUUGAGGGAGUGUUUAUCCGUUCCUUGUGGAAGCGUCCUCACAGGAGGCCUUCCCCGCCUGUCGCUCCGUGUGCAUCGUUUGAUUUUGUUGCGGAUACCUACGAUCACAUUCACAACUGGGUCAUUCGGAACUACCCCGACUCCUUUGACUACGAUCCCGGCUAUGGGGACAGCUGGGAGACGUACGACCUGCCCCUGCUCGGUGGCUUUGCGAAGCAGUUGGGUAGAAGCCUUCAUAGCUUGCAGAGUCUCAAGGUGCUAGGGUUUGAGGACUGCGCUCUGAAACUCAUCUUGCCGCAUCUCUGGAUGCCAAGACUCAGGGCUCUUCACGUCCUCGGCUCCUGUCAGCAGAAGCAGUCACAAAGAGCAAUCCUGGCACUGCUCCAGCAGAAUGGCCAGCAGUUGGAGGAGCUAGAGCUGAACCUGUGUACAGAGUUCCUGCAUGAGGCACCAGAUCCUUUCUCCAUCAUCGAGCCGCUUCCGAAAGUCAAGCGAUUGACGGUUCGUGCACCUAUCUUGGCUCCCUGGGAUCACUUUGGCGAGAAGUGCCCUUCGCUCGAGGAGCUAACCUUUGUCUAUGACCACGACUUCGCUUUGAAUCUGGCACAGGUGCUGGAGGACAUCGAGUCUUUGGAAGAGGAGGAAGAGUUUUUGGGCCAGCACACCACGUAUGUCUACAAAGACGCGGCCCGCUUCGCUAUGCGACUCCAUGCGCUGGGGUUUCGGUGCCUUGCAGAGACCUGUCCGAACCUGAAGGUGAUCCGGUUUUCCUUGUGGGACAACUCCUUCGGGGCUGAUACGCCGGCGCCCAGUGAGGAGCAGCCUCUGACGGUGAGCUGGAGGCGCGGCGGCAAUUCAUCGAAGCUUAGAACAAGGCCGUUUGGUCGGUGUAGCGCGGCGAACAAUGCCACGCGAUCGGAGCUAAAGGAUCGUGCGGAGGUGGCCCUGGACCCAGAUCGCUUCGAUAGCGCCGAGGAAGUCAGAGAGAUCACGGAGGAGGAGGCCAUGGCUGCAUCUGCCAAAGUAAUGCUGCAGGUCGUGCGGUGGUUUGACGACCCCAGCCUGGAAGCGGAGCUUGGUCUCCACCUGUAG